CCUUCACAAAGACGGGACGUAACCAUAGAGAGAGGACAGGGCGGGGCAGAGCGGCCGGGGUCAUAGAGAAGGAGCAGGGAGAGGUGGGACGAUCCGGAAGUGGAGCUGUUUUAGGUCCAACAAGAAAGACAGAAUGACACAAUGGAGGUCGCUGGUCCCUCCUUCCUCCCUGACAGCAUCAUCUACCAGAUAUUCCUGAGCUUGGAGCCUGUGGAUCUGCUCUCAGCCGGGCUGGUGUGCAGGCGCUGGUAUGCUGUGUCCCGUGACGACUUCCUUUGGAAGGAACUCUUCUACAGACACUACCAUGUACAGAGGCUCGUCCACCGCUACCCAGGCACAGACUCUUGGUAUGCAGAGUUCCAGCGUCUUCAUGACACGGUUCCAUGUGUGGAGGUCCAGAGACUCAGAGAACACACGGACCAGGUCCUACACAUCAGCUUUUCACAUGCUGGGGACUUGUGUGCCUCUUGUUCUAAGGACUGUACAGUCAAGAUCUGGAACACCAAACACCCCUUUACUCUCCUGCACAGUGCUAACAUGAGACCCCAUCACUGGAGCUACACACAGUUCUCGCAGUUUAAUUAUGAUGACACACUCCUUCUGGUGUCUGGGGUUUUUGUGGGACCCCAUAACUCCUCCGCAGGGGAAAUUGCAGUCUUCAGUAUUGAUGGGUUCAACCUUUUGUCUCGGGUAAGGAAUAAGCCAUAUGAUGUGUUCGGCUGCUGGCUUAAUAACACCCACCUUAUUUCUGGCAAUCUUCAUCGCAUGGGUCGCAUCACCUCCUGCUCCGUCCUCUGGCUUAACAAGGCCUUCCAGGAUGUUGAAUCAGAAAACCUUAACGUGGUAAAGAGACUUUUUAAAAUACAGAACCUGAACGCUAGCUCCAUCCGUAUGGUAAUGGUGGCGGACUCUCCAGAACUCCUUGUGGAGGCCGGGGAGAAGGCUGAUGAAACAAUACAGGGCCCUACCAGACCACAGGAGAAUGAUCGUUUGGAGGAGGAAGAGGAGGAGGAUGGUGAAGAAGAUGGGGAAGAAAGGGAGAUUGUUGGAGAAGAUGCUCAGAUUGCAGCAGCCCUUCAAAUGUUUGUGGACAUUGAUGCCCAAAAUCAACAGCUGCUUCCACCUCCGCUGACCAGGGAUCAGGUGGAGACCAAAGUAGCCCAGCUUUAUGCAAAAUACCGGACAUGGAGGCCCAACGGUCCUCAAAGCCUUGAAGGGAACAAGAAAUACCUCAUCUUCACCACAGGCUGUCUCACCUACUCACCCCAUCAGAUAGGGUUUAUGCAGCUCCUUCCUCAUCAGAUGACCACUGAAGGGCCUGUUCUGGGCGAGAUUCGUGGCCCUAAUGAAUUCUUUGACCCUCUUCACCACGUAAUCAACAUUCAUGGACACAUCAUUGGCAUGGCUCUGUCUCCUGACCACAGGUUUCUCUAUGUCAAUAGCCGGCCGUGGCCUCGUGACUGUGUGAUCUCAAACCCCAUGGAUCCUCCACCCAUCGCAGAAGAAAUAGAACUGCGAGUCUUUGACCUGCGGACCUUGAGGGAGGUGAAGGAGCCUCUUCGAGCUCAUCGUGCCUACACCCCAAAUAACGAGUGCUUCUUCAUCUUUCUGGAUGUUAGCAAGGACUUUGUGGCCAGUGGAGCAGAGGAUCGCUGUGGCUACAUCUGGGACCGCCAUUAUAAUGUCUGCCUAGCCAAGCUGCCUCAUGAGGAUGUAGUGAACUCUGUGGCUUUCUGUCCAGUAGAUCAGGAAUUGCUGCUCAGCGUCAGUGAUGACUUUACAAUUAAAGUGUGGCGUUCGCCCCGCUCCCAGCGCAGCGCCGUGCAUCUGCUGGAGUCUAGCUCUUGGCUGCCGUCCCACAUGAGCUGAGAAGUGGUCCACACCUUUUUAAAUUUGGCUUUUCAUCCAUCCAGCCCCAGCAUUCUGGUGUGUGUAUUGUGGAUUACGAUGGGCAGAAGAAUACAAGAUGGGAUGUAAUCUAGAGGUAUGUGUCCAUUAGGAGCCCUCUGGAUCUUUUGGUGUCCUUCCUCUUUCUGAGAAGGUUUGGAAAAAGAGAGAGACUGCACCAUCAAGAAGUCCCGCCCGUCCGCCCGUCCAGGCAAUGACAUAUUAAAGGAGCGCAGGAGGAUUUUCCUCUUCAGACAACCACAGAAGGGCCUGGAAAUGUGUUGGUUUAAUAUUGGCGAAUAUUUAUUUUCAUUAUAUUUUGUGGCAACCCAAGUUCUUGUUGUGUAUUCUUUUACAUCCUCCUGGCUAAUAACUGCCCCAAUUUUUGUUAUCUCUGGUAUCCUUUUAAAUUCCAGCAUCUUCACUACAAAGAGCUUUUAUACAUUUAAGAUUACAUAAAAAAAAAUAUGGAAUCCAAGAGACAUUUUCUAAUGUCUGAUUUUCUAGUCUUAGACAGUUGUAGAAGGGUUGGAACCUUUGUCUGUUUUUAUUGCUAUCUGAGUCUCCAAUGGAUAGACUUACCUUUAGUUUCUGUACUGGUGACACAAGAAGAGUUGAAACCAUUGAAGAUCUCAGCUUUGAUGGUUAUUUGCAGAACAGGUGUCACCAGUACGAGAUCUCCCUUCUAUUCCUGAACCAGUGACAACAUAAGCAUUUUAACUUUCCUAUUGGCUUCUUUCCAGCUGACAAAUAAUAGACUCCCCCCAAACUCCCAUGGAGAGUGAUAAAAACCUACAAGAGGUCCUAACCCUAAACCACCCUAUCCAAAACGAGAAACACAAAGUUUUGUUUGAAGGUAUUUAAUUUUAAGUCAUUUUGCCUCCAGAAACAUGUGCAGUCUAUUAACACAAUUUCUACAGGCUGUUUUACAGAACGGAUUUCAUGUUUUUUUGAUGCGAUCAGAAACUGAUAUUUUUGAGGAGACUCCAUUAUGUAUAAAGUGUCAUUUAAGAAAUCAUACCAGGUAAGGUAUAACAGAAGUGCCAACUCUACGCUUUACACAUUUAGGGUAGACGCAAUAGGUUUGCAUACAUUUCCAACAGCACUUACUUGCUUUGCUCCACCACACUUGUUUAUAUCAGGAGCCAAAGGUAAACAUUAAAUACUUCUGGGUAGGUAUGGAAAAAGUAGCAACCACAGCAAAGUCACGUGUAAGCUCCAACUCUGCUUACACAGGACUUUAACAUCACUCUUAACUUAUUUUUAUUCCCACGUCAUGUAGUAUAAGGUUAGUGAGAAGGCUUGCCCAUGCAAAACGGGUUCAUUUUAAGUUGCAGUGACAUUAUAAAGUUUGUUUGACAUUGUCUUAAUCUCCCCCUGUGUGGGGACACCAAUACUGGUUCAAGUUCCAUAAUCCAGAUCCUUUCCAUAUAUUUCUCCCUUCUAGAGUUCUGUACAAAUAAAUACUUUCUGCACGUGA